AUGUCCACGGUAAUUCUCGGCGGAGGCAUCAUCGGCCUCUCGACCGCGUACUACCUUUCGCUGGCCCGGGCCUCAUUCCCCCCAUCGGCAGCAAUCCACAUCAUCGACUCCUCGCCCGCCCUGCUCGCCUCGGCCAGCGGUUUCGCUGGCGGCUUCCUGGCCGAAGAUUGGUUCAGUCCGCCCGUGGCAUCGCUGGGCGCGCUCUCGUUCCGCCUGCACCGCGAGCUGGCCCGGACGCACGACGGCCCGCGCCGGUGGGGGUACGCCAGAAGCCAGACGUUCAACCUGAGCGUCGACGAGCGCGCGGCGGCGGCGAUCAGGACGGGGAGGAAUGUGGAUUGGUUGCGGGAGGGGACGAGUCGGGCCGGGGCGGCGGGGUCCUCGUCGUCGACUCCUCGUGCGAACGGAGGUAGUGGUGGCGACGGUGAAACGCUCAAUCCGGACGGGUCGCCGGCCGUAUGGACUCCCCAGCCGGGAGGGACGCUGGAGACGAUCUCCGGCCCAGAAAGCUGUGCACAGAUCGAACCCCGCGAGCUGUGCGAGUUCCUGCUCGACGAGUGCCAGAAGCGUGGCGUGCAGGUGCACCUCUCGACCACGGCGAUUGGCAUCCUCACCGACGCCAAUGGAGCGCUAAGGGGGCUCGAAUUGCAAUCUACAAGCAGCAGCAGUAACACCGAGCUGGAAUGUAACGACAUCCUCAUCUCGGCGGGCGCGUGGACGCCCCGGGUCUUCCAGACACUGUUCCCGUCCAGUAAGCUGCACAUCCCCGUGGAGCCGCUGGCCGGACACAGUCUCGUGGUCAAGUCACCACGGUACCGGACGCCAUUCGUCGACAAUGGCAGCGGCAACUGGCUCUGCUACGCAAUCUACGGCGCCCCGGGCCGGCACUGGUCGUACGCGCCGGAAGCGUUCGCGCGGCUCGCGCGCAACGGCCAGCCAGAGAUCUGGGUCGGCGGGCUCAACGACGCGUCGCUCCCGCUGCCCGCGCAGGCCAGCGACGUCAAAGCCCUGAUCGACCCGGAGAGCAUCGCGUCGCUGCACAAGACGACUGUGCAGCUGACGGGUCGUCUGCUGACCGAGGACGGCGCCGACGACAAUCACGUCAACCAGGACGAUCUCGAGACCGUCCGGGAAGGGUUGUGCUUCCGCCCCGUCGGUCAGAAGGGGACUCCGGUCCUGGGCAGGAUCCCGGAAAACUCCCUCGGUCUCCCGCAAGCCGGGGGUGGUGCCAAGGUCUGGAUCGCGUCGGGACACGGGCCGUGGGGGAUCAGUCUGAGUCUCGGGACGGGGCUGGUGAUGAGUGAAAUGAUCUCAGGAAAGAAGCCGAGUGCGGAUGUCAGAGCACUUCUGAUCGCCUCAUCUAUGGACUAG